AAUCUCGCAUUGAACGUGAUCUGACGUGGAUGUAAACUAAUGGCGAAAACAACACAUGAGGCCGAUAAGGGGUCUCAAAGCAGUAAAGAGUUUCGGGCGUUGGAUGGCUAGAUAUUCAAGAAUAUGUGUGUGUACAACGGGGCUUAUUUUGUCCCUUCUUGCAUUGCUCCCCAGUUUGAGGCAAGCUACUUUGACAUCACAAGCAAAACCUCCUCGCCGAUUUUUCCCAGCUGGAUCAGCGGUUAUAGACUUUCCUUAUGGAAACAUGAAUCCCAUAGUGGACCUCCUACAGAAAGAAGAGAUACUAUUUGUAAUGUAUUAUGCUCCUUGGUGUGCCCAGUCUGUUAGUGUUAGAGAAGAAUUUCAAAAGGCAGCAAAAUAUUUGAUUGAUAAGGUAAAGUUUGUUGGUGUGAACUGUUGGUGGCCUGAAGGAAGCUGUCGAAACACUUAUAAAUUUCUAAAGUAUCCAGAAUUAUAUGUUUAUCAUACCAAUCUAGAUGGCUUCAGAUUUAAUGGUAUUCCUACAGCAGAUGAACUUGUUAGAUUUGUUGAAGAUAUUUUAUAUCCAAUCACCUUAUUACAUUCUGUAGAGAGUAUUAAUAACUUUUCAGCUUUACAUGAUAAUGUUGUGAUUGGCAAUUUUGAUCUGUCAACCCCAACACCACCAGGAUACAAAACCUACUAUAUAUCAGCUAUGAGGAUGAUUGAGUGGAAUCAUCUUCAACCUGUAAAAUUUAGUAUAGUCAAUAAACCUUUACUGUCACAGCUAUUGGGGAUGAAUGAUACAAAACAGUUUGUUAUACUUAAUUUAAAUGGAUCAUUUAUAUAUCCAGCGAAGAAUAAUUUUACUGCUGACGGUAUAGUCAAGUGGAUUAACGAACACAGGUAUGAGAACUUAGUGAAAUGGAUAUCAGUUCCAGGACAUAAGAGUCUACAGUUAUCUACACAAUUAAACAGGGGACCAGUUUUAUUGGUCUUUGCUCCAGUGAAUAGGCUGCAUACAGUGGACUUCUAUCACCUCAUAUUGAGAGAAUUGGUAUUACAGUACCGAAACUGUCAUAACAGAACAUUCAUCAUUUUAUUGGAGGGUCUAUUGAGACGAAAGAGAGAACAUGCCAUGAAAUCAUUGGUGCUACCCAAAGACUGCCUUCCUCCUCUUGUUAGCAACAUGUCAUGUUGUGUAUCUUUACACCGUCAAAAACAUAUUUGUGAACUUUGUAAACGCACGUUUGAUUAUCAAGUCAAAGACAGUUGUCAAUUUUCUCCUAUGGAAGAAGACAUUCCCAAAAGAGGAUUUGGAAAUUAUAGAGCUCCAUCAUGUUUGGAUUCUUAUCAACAUUAUAAUGUGAAUGAGUAUCGGACGUUGAUAUGUAAACAAUGUGAUACUUUAUCUAGUCAUUCCUGUAGCAUCAGACGUAGUACUGAUGGUUAUGUAAAUAAACUUGUCAAUAAUUUUUCAAGGUUGAAAUGCAAAAGACUGUCUUUCCAAAAAUCACUGUAUCUCGAUUCUGAACAGAAGAUACAUAGUUCUGACAUUGAUCGGGAUCCAUUGACUUAUGAAUUUACGGGUUUUAAAUGUCGCAGUAAUAAAACAGUGAAUGUUGUGUUAUUAGAUAAAAACAAACAUCAGGCAUUUUUAGACAGACUAGGUACAUUUGUACCAAAGGAGAGUAAUAUUUCAGUAUCUGUGAUCAUUGAUAAACAAAAUGAAGUCCAGCAUUUUCUCAGGCAGCCAUUUACUAAGCUUAAUAUUGCUAAUUUUGUUAUCAAUUUUACCAGAGGUGACCUUCCUCGUCACAUGAGGUCAGAGGUUACCAGAGGGUCAUGUGUGAAUGAGGUGUGUGUAUCUGAUGCUACAUCAACAACAUUCAAUAGUAUUGUUUUGGAUGAAGAUAAAGAUGUUCUGAUGCUUGUAUAUUCUCCAUGGUGUGGAUUUUGCGCCAGUUUUGCUCAUAUUUACCUGAGUCUUGCAAGAUAUUUUAAAGCAGCCAAAAACAUUAUUUUUUCAAGAAUAAAUGGAGACAACAAUGAUUUACCAUGGCAGUAUACAAUAGACAGAUAUCCUACAUUGCUGUUCUUUCCAGCUCACAGGAAAUCAGAGAGUGUAAAGUAUCCAGAGACAUUACCACUGACUUUACCAAACCUGAUCAAGUUUGUUUUACAUCAUACAACGCACGACUUGAGGAUGGACACGGCAGUCGAUGUCUGCACUAAGUCAUGUAUUGAGAAAAAUCUACACAAAGUAUCAGAGGCUAUCAUCUUUAACAUAAAGAGGAGACAACUGUUAGAAAACCAUAUAGAAAAACUUAAACUUCAGUAUAAAACCAGACAGACUUCAGUUAGAUUUAAAUCAGGUGUCAAAGUGUUAAGUAAAAGACUAAAGAAAAUUGACAAGCAGUAUAGAAAUGCUUUUAUUUUGUUAAAAUUUCUUAAAAGCUCUCAAAAGAUCUUAGAUAAAGACAAAUUAAAAAAUGUAUUUGAAACUAAAAAUAAUAUAAUAAUUGAAAAAGAUCUUGCGAGUUCUGUAGUCAGAUAUGAAGUCCAUGAUGAAUUAUGAUAUAUAGAUUAUAUUAAUUAAAUCCUAUCUAAAUGUGAUCAGACAUCAGAGAGGUUCAAUUUAGAUGGAAUGGUCACCUUCCUUUCAUGAUUAGAUUUGUAAAGUCUCAAUCAUUGACUACAUUUACGCCUGCCAGAAUCAGUUGAUUUGUUGAUCAAUAUAGAGUGAAAGAUUUAGAAGAUUUGUGCAAUAAUGAAUCUGAUAUGAGUUUAGAAUGAUUUUAUUAAUUGUAAAUGAUCAGACGAUAUACCCACAUUAGUCAUAUAUAUGAUUUAAUAGAUUACCUUAAUAGAUGAUCGUGGAUAAGGGUUUUUCUGAGGUAAUUUUCUCUCUUAGGAGGAAUUCUUUAAGUAUAAUUAGAAGUACCUCCAUUGUCGACUAUUUUCCAUAUCAUUUAAAAUAACAUGUAUAGUAAAGAGUCUUCCAAGAUACUCAACAAGUUUUCUUAUGUGGUUUCUCUAAUUGAAAAAACUCUCCUACACUUUAAAUAGUAUAAUCAUUUACCGUUUGGAAAUUGACAAAUUAUAUCUGAUUUCGUAAACUAAGUUUUUGUACACAAAAGUAAAGAUUAAAGAUCAUCAAUUGAUGUAGCCCUUUUAAGUACUUUUGUUCAUCCGUCUGCAUUUUGUACCAGUAUUUCCUAGAACCACUAACAGGAUUAUCUUGAAACUUUCAGUAAAUCUUCAGUUUCUGUGUAGCCAUGUACACUCAAGUUUUCCUGUUGAAAAUCAAUGUUUAUGCUGUCCUUAACCACUGUAUCACUUGUUGACUUGAUUGGCAAUUUGUUUGACCAUCAGCAUGAUUAAUUGUACAUUAUAGUACUUGUUGAUAUUUUCAAUGAUAUUUUGUUGUUAGAAUGUUUGAUGUGAAGGGUAAAAAAGUAUUUCAAGGAAAACCAAUACUGGCAUUACUGCAAUAAGUCAGUACAUUCUGAAAACCAUUCAUGUUUUCUCUUCCCAAUAUUUUAACUAGAACAUUGACAAUCAAGCCUUUUUGUGAUUGUCUGAAUGUUUAAACUUAUUUGUGUAAGUAUCCUGGUUGCUUUUCAUUGUACCACACUUUUUGCUGGUGUAAUUACAAUACAAUGGAAAGUACAUUAGUUGACAGUUCUUUCAAAAAAACCUCAUUGCAUGCCAAAUAUAUAAAUUUUAAAUGAGCACAUUUAUAUUUUUUUGCUCAACUUUGACAACUGCCAAAAUGUAUGGUUUAUGAAUGUGUUUUAUGAAUAAUCAUCAAAUUUUUUUAAAAAUGCAAGUCUUUUUCAUACUGAUUUUUUUAGUCACCUGGUCAAUAAAGCCUUAGAAUCCAUCUAUCCCAACUGCAAGGAAACUAAAAUAAAUCCUUUCUGCUGGAACUAGCAGAUCCGUACAUCAUUGGUUACAGACUGUUAUAAAUGGAAUUGCAGUUUUUAUUGUUUAAUGACGUUCCAUAACUAUAAAAUCAAGGAGAUGUCGUAUGAUUACUAGUGUAUGAUAUUUUAUGUAGUAGGCUCCAUAAUCCCUUUCAACUUAAACAGCAAGUUGCCAAAAUAAUAAGAUAUUUCUUAAAUACUUAUUCUUUUUUUUUUUGUCCAAGACUGUAUGUCGAUGUAUAUGCUUUAAAACUCUUAUACUUUAAAAACUGUAUUUCAGUGGUCAUUUUAACAAAAGAUUUUUUGCCAAAGUAUUUCAAAGUAUUAGACAUAUAUGUUGUAGUUUUUAAUUGCCUUUUCAUAAUUUCAGCAAAUUGAAUUGUGCCACAAAAUCGUGUAUAUUUUUUUUUCAAUUGCUUUCAGGGAAACAUCAGGUGACUUUCACAAUAUUAACUCACCAAUAUUGUUAACUUUAAAUUUCCUCCAGUCUUAUAAAAAAAAAAAACAUCCAAAUGAUCUUUAUUGAUUGGGUACAUUUAAGCUAUGUUUUUUUUUUUAUAAAAAAAUAUAUUUUAUCAAAUAUUCCAUUAUCCUUUACAACUAUACCAGCAAUUUGUUCAAAUGAUUAGAUAUUUCUUUAAAAAACUUAUUCAUUUAUUUAUUAUGGAGGACUGUAUGUUGACCUCUAGAUGUCUUUGUUGUUACUGUAUUGUUGAGUUGCUGCUGCAUCGACAUAUAUCCCACAUAUCUUAUUAAUUAUAUUCAUUUGUCAGCUUUUUGUGUUUAUAGUUGAUUCAGUGUUAUUAUUUAACCUAUUUUGAUACAGUCUCUCUCUAUUAAAAUAAAAUUGUAUUUUUGUAAGAUGUAUGCAUCUAUAAUAUGAUUAUUAUUAUAAUAUGCACCUAAAACAUGUCUUAAAUGAUUUUUUUUAAAGAUAGCACUAUAAGUAUGUUUGGAAAUGUUACUUACUACUUAUGGAGUUAUUGCUGUUUUCAAGAUUCAUAUGUACUGAAAAUAGUAUUUUUGCUUUUAGAAUUAAUUCAGUAGUGACGUAAAACAAAAGCUGUUCUCUAUUUACAACAAGAAUUAAUGUGAUUUUUAUUAGAUUACUUCAUGCUAAUUUAAUCUGUCCUAGUUUUAAUUAUGUUUUGGCAGACGGUGAAUUCAAAUCAUUUGUAGUUCCAUUGUGGUGUUUUGAUUUCUCAAUUUUCAAACUGGAAUUCAAUUUCCUGUCUAAUGGUAGCUGUCUAAAUGAUAAUGUUCUACAACUGAACUGAAAACUAACACUUUCUUUGUCCUGGUAGUGAAUAUUAACAGUACAAUAUAGAUAUUCAGCUGAUUCUGUCUGUGUUUUUUGGUCGUGUCAUAUUUUCAUAGCCCUUUAAUGUUGAAAAGUAUCAGCAUGCACCAAAUUUAUUUUUUGUUGUGAAAAUGACAGUAUGAAAAGAAAGAGAUGUGGUAUGAUUGCUGAUGAGACAACUAUACACCAGAGUCUAUAAGACGUGCAUGUAAACAACUAGAGGUCACCAAACGACCUUCAACAAAUGAGCAAAAACAAGCCUAUCCUAAAUAACCAGAAUCCAUACAGAAUAAACACUUGAUGUUAUCUUUUGUUGUUUACAAUUAUUUAUCUAUUUAGCUACAGUAAAUUGGUGUCAAUUGAGAAAUCUAUUGAAAGUCUAUAAUUGCAUGUAUGCAUUAAGGGGCAUUAUUCUCUCUCUUUACAUUGAAUCAUUGACAUACACUUUUACUUAACAUGUCUUAUUCACCAUGAAACUUUAUAUUUGCUUUUAGCAUGCUAACAUUGACAGUAAAUGUUCUUUAGAAAUGUAUAUCUGGUUAACAAGCAUAUAAAAGAGCAAAUAAUUACAUCACUUAAGGGGAAACAUUUUCCAGUUUCACAGUAUUAAACACAAACAGUAUUUAAUAUUUGUACAUAAAAUAUAACUUAAAUUUUGUUAAGGAUAAGAGAAGAAAAAUAUGUUAUUUCUUGAUAAUUUUGCUUUUAAAAGUACAUGGCCUUGAUGGCAUAGGAUAUUAUGGAAAUGGAGUGGACAAGAACAGUUUUGUGACAAGAUUUUGUUUUGUCUUCAUCAAAAAUGGUCAAACAUAUUAUUAUUUGUCAAGACUUUAACUUCAUUUCAGUAAAUUUGAGCUACAUUAUAUGAUUGGUUGAUUUUGAUAUACAAAAAUAGGUUUCUUUCUUAAGAAAUAUGAUGAUACAUAUAAAGAAUACAUUAAAGAAAACUUGUGUUACUCUUUGGUUACAAUCACUUGCAUAUAUUGUCUGUCAGAUAUUUUAUUAAUGCAACGAUAUUAGGCCCAGAGUUCGAGAACAUAUUAAUCCUCAUGAUCUAUAUGUAACUUGAGUAAUAUUUUUGCAUUUUGGUUUGAGUACAAGCUAUUUUCUUUAGACAAAUAUUUGUACACAUUCUUAUAAAGUAGAUAAAAGAAAAUGUUCUUUUAUUGUUGAAUGGUUCAUAUAUGUAUUUAAGUUCCUGUUCGUGGCAUUUUUAGUAAAACAAUAAGCAGAUUUAAUGCUAUUUAUUUAUCAUGUCAUAAGAUGUCUUUGUUGUUUGUACUAUUUUCAUUAUUUAUAUCUUUAAUAUGCACUAUUAUAAUGUUCAAUCCAAAGUCAAAUACAUUUAUUUUCUUAAUUGUGAUAUUUGAAUUUUAAACCAAGUCAUUAAAAAAACUUUUUCUUA